AUGAGACAAUCUAUCCUCUUUAUGCUUUUACUGUCGCUGUUUGUGUUCUUUGUGACUGCGGAGUACGACAUCAGCGAAGAUUGCGACGAUGAUAGUACACAAGACUGGUUCAAUAUCAAGAUCCGCGCCACGGGUAACAAAUAUAUAACGAUCAACAAUUACCAAAUGGAUAUAAAGCAUGGCACAUUUGGAUUCAACCGUACUGGCGCGACGAUUUUUGAGGGUUACAUCAACGGAACUGAAAAAGGAAACUCAUACCUCGUGACGCGCGAUGACGGAUUUGGUUAUCUCCUGGAGGACGAGGCUCCUCUAUAUGAUUUCUUUUACAGCCUUGAAAUCCCUCCGACCGAAUUCAAAGGGAACUGGUCAAUUGAGGGUGGGUUUCUGGCGUGCCAUGAGCUGACGGACGGCUUCAAAUAUUUCCCGGAAUCAGACGGUGGUUAUGUGAUUCGCUGGGAUACGAGGAAAUCUGGAGGGUACCCCCUUCUGAUGGUGGUCGAUUAG